UCCGUGCGCAGGGUUGCCAAGGGUGAAACUUUUCAUUGACUUUGCUCACUUCGGCACGGGGCACUGGAAGGUGCGGGUCCUCUUGGGGAGGAGUGAGUGGCUAAGAAGACUCAGAGCUAGAAGGGCAGGACCACCCACCAGCCACAGCCUGGACUGUCCUCCCCACCGUGACACAAGCCACCCUCCGGUCCGCCAUCCCAACGCGGUCACCGCCGGCGGGCCCGACCGCCCUCCGUCCCCCACGGCUCAGCCCGACCUGCAAAAAGCUGAAUUAUUAUUUGAGAGCCAUAGCCCAUAACCCCUACCAACUCGCCCCCAAACCUCAACGAAGAAGAGGAUACAUUGGCCCCGGCCCGGUGGCGCCCAGGAAAAGAAGGGCGAGCAACCUCUGUCCCACGCCCCGGACCACCCUGGAGGGAGAAGCUGCCCGGUGGUCAGCAGCCCGUCCCGCCACCUCAGAGACCCGAAGCCAUCUGGAGCCCGAGGCUGCCUGCCUUCCAUCUUUCGCCUUUGGCUUGUGCACGUGCCCUGUGGUGAUUAUCUGCCCAGGAAAGGACCAUGCAGCUGGAGAUCAAAGUGGCCCUGAACUUCAUCAUCUCCUACUUAUACAACAAGCUGCCCCGGCGGCGGGCAGACCUGUUUGGGGAGGAGCUAGAGCGGCUCUUGAAAAAGAAAUACGAAGGCCACUGGUACCCUGACAAGCCACUGAAGGGCUCUGGCUUUCGCUGUGUCCACAUCGGGGAGAUAGUGGACCCUGUGGUGGAGCUGGCCGCCAAGCGGAGUGGCCUGGCGGUAGAGGAUGUGCGGGCCAACGUGCCUGAGGAGCUGAGCGUCUGGAUUGACCCUUUCGAGGUGUCCUACCAGAUCGGGGAGAAAGGCGCUGUGAAAGUGCUGUACCUGGAUGACAGCGAGGGCUGUGUUGCCCCAGAGCUAGACAAGGAGAUCAAGAGCAGCUUCAACCCUGAUGCACAGGUAUUCGUGCCCAUCGGCAGCCAGGACAGCUCCCUGUCCAACUCCCCAUCACCAUCCUUUGGCCAGUCUCCCAGCCCCACCUUUAUCCCGCGCUCCACCCAGCCCAUCACUUUCACCACCGCCUCCUUCGCUGCCACCAAGUUUGGCUCCACCAAGAUGAAGAAGGGCGGUGGGGCUGGGGGUGGUGGGGGUGUGGCCAGCGGUGGGGCAGGCGGCCAGCAGCCCCCACAGCAGCAGCCUCACAUGGCCCGCUCUCCCACCAACAACCUGCUGAAGCACAAGAGCCUCUCCUUGUCUAUGCAUUCACUGAACUUCAUCACACCCAACCCAGCCCCUCAGUCCCAGCUCUCGCCCAAUGCCAAGGAGUUCGUGUACAAUGGUGGUGGCUCUCCCAGCCUCUUCUUUGACGGGGCCGAUGGCCAGGGCAGUGGCACCCCGGCCCCCUUUGGGGGCAGUGGGGCCAGCACCUGCAACAGCAGCAGCUUUGACGUGGCCCAGGUAUUUGGAGGUGGCGCCAACAGCAUCUUCCUAGAGAAGACGCCCUUCGUGGAAGGCCUCAGCUACAACCUGAACACCAUGCAGUAUCCCAGUCAGCCGUUCCAGCCCGUCGUGCUGGCCAACUGACCACCCACCUGCUUGUGGGGCCGUGAGAACGCAAGACCACGGAAAAGAGAAAAGAAAGGAAAGGCCAAAAAAAGAGGAAAAGAAAAAUACACAAAAAGAUUUCCAAUCUUCUCACUCUCACUUCUAGAAAGAUGCAGCCGAGGCGUGGAGUGGAAGGGGGCUCCCGAAGCACCUGAAUCGUGUUUAACUCAACCUCCCUGCUCUUUUCCUGCCUGCCUCUGAUUUAUUUGGUUGGUUUGGGUUUUUAUAUUUUUUCUUUUUUUUACAUGUAGUUUUCUAUAUAACAUCUUUGAUUAAUGGCUUCCUGUGCUAAGAAUGGUCCAGAUGUGAACUGCUGCUCCCUCUUGCCCUCUCUCCCUUCCUCCCUCCUUCACACACCUGGUUUAGGGUUGGUGUGUCCAAGCUCACAGGGAAGGGAGAGCCGCAGCUGGGGCCUGGCCUUCCUCAGAACAGGGAGAGGCUGUCCCAUGUCACUGCAUCAGUCACCCAGCUGUCCUCUCACUCAAAGCCAUCCAACCUCAGCAGGCCUUCUUGUGUCCUGCCACUCAGAUAGGUCUGACCCUGGCCCCCACUCCCUCUCAGGCAUGGGUCAUGGGGAGGUUAGUGCUCUGUCUGUUGGAAUUCCUUUCAUCUCUGUCCUGUGGCCUCCUCACCGCCAUCCCCAUCUGGAGUACCAGACUGUCACUGUGGCCCUGGAGACCCAGCUGUUGACUUGUGUGGCAUCUCUCGCAGCCCUUUCUUCCCUGGGCCUGAGGUGGUGGGUGGGGAGAUGAGGCCAGUUGAGGGGGGGGUGUAUGCAUGUGUGUGCUUGGUUUGCUGUCCUAUUUCAAAGGGUUCCCAGCCAUGUGAAGCUUCCCCUCUGGGUGUGAUUCUGGGUCGCCGCAAGUGCUUAUUUACAUCUGAGGUUGGGGAACGGUCCAGGGCAGGUUGUCAGUCCUUUCAUAGGGUGGUUCGGGUGGUUUGUGUGGUUCAGUGAGGCUGGCUGAGCCUAAGACACUCCCAGAGUAGAGCACUGCCGAAGGAACUGGUUUCCAAACUCCGGAGGGAUCUGCACUUUUGUUUUUGACCAAAAAAAUUUUAAAUGGUUCGCUGCGAGGGACUGAGGGAAUACCCUGCCUCUGACCGCUAAGAGAAGUCCCUGGACUUGGGCCCUCCUGUUGUAGUGUGACCCUUGCCCGGUGUGGGAGCUGAGACCCUGGCGGGUGAGCGUUUUGGGGCCGUGCCUAUAACAGGCAGUCCUGAGCCUCAAACUAAGACUUCUUGGUCCUUUGGUUGUAUAGAUGUUUUAAUACAUUUCUGCCCCUGCCUGCUUGAAAACUUUUUGGUGCCUCUUGCCAUCCGCCCUCACUGCCCGGCCCAGCCCCUCUGGGCCUCGAUGCUGUGACGGGUGUUCUUCUGGGCGGGCCGGGCCCAGCCAGCGCAGCAGGGUGUUCGGACUGCAGAAGAGCAUUCACUCCCCCCUCUGCUGGAAGAGAAGUUGUUUCUCCCACCCAGCCCCAGUGGGCCAGCUUCCAUACCAUGAGUCUUUGGCAAGUGGGGCACAUGGCAUCAGGGUCCCCAUCGCCAGAAAGUACCAAAGCCUUUGGCACCCCACCCUCCCCGGUGACCCCAAGUGAGCAACUGCUGUGGCAGUGGGUCCAGCCCAGACAGACACUGCCAGCCUCCCCCGCACUGGGCACCAGCUCUACCUCCCCCGGCGGGGCGGUGCCCUGGCUCCUCAGCCCAGCACCGUCUGUCCCCCAGACUUCUCAGGGGCCAGCCCAGCCUGGGCCGCUCUCUCUCCUUAGCCAUGGGUUCUCUCACAGGUGACAGGCUCAGGCAGACUGCUGCUCUCCGGGAAAGGUCGGAUGCCGCCUUACGCCCUCUCCCAGCUCCCCCCUCCCACACUCUCGUGCACAGGUACUCCCACACCCGGUCAGCUUGUUAUCCUGCCACAUGCAGGGGGAGGGGGACCUACCCCUUAGUGUCUUGAAAUACGAAGGAAAAUGUACGUCCAGGAGCAUGGCUCCAGCGCUGGGCCCCGGGCCCGGUUCGGUCUGUCUUGUCUCAAAUCUAGGCAUUUUGCUUCAAUUUUAUUUUUUUUAAGAAAACAAAAACAAAAAUCUGCACUAAUUUACCUGGUUUCGUAGAAAAAAGGUUUUUUUUUUAUUUUUUACAUUUUUUGGUGUCCGUUUGUAUUGAAUAAUUUGCUACAUUUGUAAAAUGUAAGAGGUAUAUAAUAUAUGUAUAUUUCUAACGUAAAACGUAAUUUUUUUCUUUUCAAGAUUUUUUCUUAAGAAGAGAGAAAGAUAUUUUUUCAGGAAAAACAAACUUUAAAAUAAAAAAGAAUAAAACUUUUCUCCCCUUUCCCCAUCCUUUAUUUACCCCCUCUUUCCAGGAACAAAUCAAGAGGUGGAUCGUCUUGUAAAGAAUGUAAACUUUUAGUCCAGAAUGAUGUCUUUUUCUCAAUGCAGUGAGCUGUAGAUUCUCCAGCUGGACCCCGAGGGGCGGGAAGGGGGCAUCGAGGUGAUGUGCAGAGGGGUGUGGGGAGCAGGGCAGUGAACGUGUUUUCUUUAGUGAAGGAGGAAUACAAUCAGGCAUUUUGUAUUCAGAACGUUGUGCAAUAUUUUGGAAUGGGACAUUGGUGUGUUUAGAGAUUUAGUUUAAAAACAAAACAAUUGAUCAAAUCUGUACAGUUUAUAUUGUUCCAGAUUUUUUUAAGUUUGUAUUAAAAGCAUGAUAUAUAAUA